AUGUUUAGGGGGGAUUCACCUCACAUGCUCACCCCGAUCGCACUGAUCAAGUCAUUAUCCGUAUCCUUCCGACGUCAGUUGUCUAAAUCCCCUUUCGUUGCUGGCCCGAUUUUAGUCGCCACAACUGCUCAGAUCGAUCAGUUGUCAGACUUGCUUACCGAUGUGACCUUGGGCCCAAGGGUCCCGAUGGUCUACACAUCCCCCUCUACCAAUCGUGUGUUCCAGUCAAUCAGUUUCCGGCCUUCUCUACUUUUCUCCGGCGUUGCUUUGUUGGUGUUCGCAUCAGUGCCGGACUCCCUUCCUCUUCAUUUCAACCCCCGUCGUGUGCAAUGCUUUUUCACGGGGUUUCGAGGAUCGUUAGACCAGGAAGAUUCAGACUAG